GUGGGAGUCCAAGCUCAAUACAUCGGCUUGUGCUCAAUGCUGAAGCUAUACAGCUCAAAAGGCCUAUCCUGGCAUUUUGAAUGCAAUUCCAACUUUAGGCUCGUGAGCGAGAGCAGUUCACGAGCGAUUUGAGCAAGCUAGCGUGGGUGGUCGUGACAGGCGGUCUGAUCAAAGAGACGCUGCUGCAAGAUAUGUCGUCGAGAUCGCCUAACCCUGGAUCAUAUACACGCGACGAGUGCAGUACAAUCAAGCGAAUGCCAGGCACCCUCAUCUAGCUACAAUUGUGUGCUGAGGAUAUCCGCUACAUGAGUCGACGUGGCCAUGUCGAAUCCUACUAUUUCGCUUCCCUUCACAACGCUCGAUCUUGAGCGGAAUCGUCCUCAAUCAGGCUGGUUUGCUAGCUCACGAUUGCGCAACCGCGUCGCUGUCAUUACUAGCUCUAUAUUAGCUCUCUUCCUCUUCUUCCGCUACUGGAACCAUGCAGUGCAUCGCACAUCCAACCAUAGCACUGCUUCAACACUACAGCCCCUGAGUCCCAUCUACGAGGGCGUCGAGAUCUCCGACCAACUCGCAGGAGUCACCCAUCUCAUUGUGCUGGCUGGUCAUGCCAUUUGGCUUGGCGGACAGAGUUAUCUGCAAGACAAGGACUGGAUCCUUGAACCCUAUCAGCAUGGACAAACUGCUUUAUUCGCAGCACACAUUGUUCGUGGUGCAGAGCUACUCGCACAAGAUGCGUCUGCCCUCCUUGUCUUCUCCGGUGGUGAGACGCGAGCAGGUGCAGGGAGUCGCACUGAGGCACAGUCGUAUGCGCAAUUACUCGAUUUACUCAUGUCAGAGGGUAAAGUCGCUGGUGUCCCUGCGACCGAGCCGGGACAAGUCUUUUCCACUGAAGCAAGUUCACUCCAAUUUCGCGCAACGACGGAGAACUUUGCUCGCGAUUCAUUCGAUAAUCUUCUAUUCAGUCUCUGUCGCUUUUACGAGGUGACUGGCCGGUACCCAACCAAAGUAUCAGUCGUAGGGUAUCAAUUCAAGGCAGAUCGCUUCCACAAUCUGCAUCGCGCGGCGCUCAAGUAUCCCGAGACUGCAUUCGUCUAUGUCGGGUUGGACCAGGAUGAUCCUGCAGUUGCAGCAUUGACCGGUCAUCCAAUUGACAAAACAACCCUGUCGAUGCAAUCACAAGACAACGUUGAUAAAGCCAGACCACAAUUCGAGCGUGAUUUAUAUGCGUGUCACGACCCGGAGCUCACGCAGAAGAAGAAGCAUAGAAAUCCUGCACGUCGGCGGCAUGGUUACGAGUUGAGCAAUCCGCUUCUGAAGCCACUCUUGGAAUUUUGCCCAUCCAAGGCAGCGACGUCACUUGAUGCGCAGUUGUAUCCAGCGAAGUUGCCGUGGAGCUAGCUAGCGUGUCUCAUCCUCAUCCAUCUCCCACUGUUCCUUUGCAUCGUGAUAAAAUGCUUUGUUUGUCUACAUUGCUUACUAUUCACGUACAUGCAAAUAGCCACACUGCUCGUCCUUGCGGCACUGUCCAAUAGGCCAAAACUUGCAUACCUCUCGAUACUUACCGCCCGUAUUGUACUUGACCCACGGCCGUACAUCUUGCAAUCCUUCACCCGAUGCACCUCGAGCAGCUUUCUCCUUGCCAUACUGCUGUGGAGGUUGCUCUUGUCGAUGCGGUGGUUGUUGAAAGGGCGUUUGCGGUUGUUGAGGCAUGUGUGGCAAUCCAGGCAUUGGAGGCAUCCCAGGAAAUCCAGGCAUCCCAGGCAUUCCCAUAGCAAACGGAUCAAAGCCUCCAGGCAUCAU